CGCCGAAAUUGUUUCGCACGUGCGCCUUUUUGCAGAUCACUUCGCAUUGUUCAGGAAUUCCGCGCAACCUUUUCCGAUCGCCGGUUUAUUUUCACGGAUUGUUUUAUGUCACAUUGCCACAUACUUUCCUAAUGCACUGAAAUUUCUCGGGCAACAAAAGUAUACUUGAAUUGGGACGCAGUGAAAUAAAAGUGAGACUAUUAUACUUAUCGUGUACUGAAGACAUUAACGAGCCGUAAAAGUUCUUUAAUUUUCUUUCCUUUCAUUUAAUUUUCGACUAAAUACAGCUAUAAGAAUACUUUUUAUUUUUAUUUUUCAACUUUUUUUUAUUUUAAAAUGAUUAUAAACUUCUGAAAAUGACAAUUUUACACUCGUGCUGUUUUUGGAGGUCCGUCAGAGUUGGAAGUUACGUCUGUGGCAUAUAUACAGCGAUUUGGUAUAUAAUUAAUUCAAUUCAUACAUCAGUUGAACUAAAAGAAGUAAUAGCAUACUAUCAAGCUAACUUUAGUCUACCUCCACGAGCAUCAUUUAUAAAUCAUGACACUACUUCACAAGCCACAACUACAUUUACAGCCUUAAUUCUAUCAUUUUCGGCACUUGGUCUCUGCACAUCAUUACUGUUGCUGAUUGGAAUUUAUAAGGACUGUCGAUUACUUCUCAUCCCCUGGAUUUUAAAUAUGUUCAUUUUUAUUUUGACCGACAUAAGCUACAUCGUAUACAACUUUUGCAAACAUGCGAUGUUCAACCCAAUUACCGGAAUAUUGAUCACAGUGGAUUUAUUUAUAAACGCACUUAAUACUUACGCCUUGUUAUGUGUGAUAUCUCAAUAUCAAGAACUUAAGGCUGGACGGGGUCGAGCUUCAAAUGACUUAAAUAAUAGGAUACCAAACAUCCAAUACAGCUCGCAACCCACAGCAACUAGCUACUUGAGCUCAAGAAAAACAGUAACGUGUCACGAUACCAGACCAACACCCACCCAAAGUCCUUCAGGAAACGCACCCAGUUUAGCCAUCGAAGAACCAUCUCCAGGUCCGAUACACAGGGGACCAAGAAAAUCCGUCAAGUUUCCAGAUCAUUCGGUGCUAUCGCAAAACGGAUCCGGCUCCCAACUUCUGGAUCCCUGGAAUCUUGACGUCAAAUCUCCCAUACUCAUGGCCAAAGGGACCGAUACGGCUCCCCUUAUCGAGACAGCUUCCGAUCCACCGCUGCACACAGCAGUGUAAAUAGUUUUUUAGAAAAUUGUUUUGUGAUGUGUCCAUUUUUAAUAAAUUUUAUUUUUAAAUUUAGUGCCUUAAUAACUUCAAUUUAGACCAAACUUAUUUUAAAAUAACAACCACAGUGUACUUUUGUCCAGUGCAGAUCAUGAUUUAAACUAAGCAAUGUCAAUAAUAAACCGCCCCGGAAUUUAAUUUUUUAUAUAAGUAGAAAAUAUACUUUAAUUAAGAACAAUUGAUUUUAGAAAAACAUAUUUUAUGGCUAAUAUACAGGUAAAAUGACAACACCAUAAAAAACUUUGGCCCAAAUUUCGGAAGUAUAAUUAAAUAUGAAUGCUGAAAUAAAGGGUCCACUAAUUCAUAUUUAAAAUGUAUGUAACAAGUGACUUUUUUAAUUUUAACAUUUUUUUCUUGGCCCUGCUUAUCAAAAUGUAUAUUUUUAUAUACAAAGAAUUGUGCACAUUUAGCCCACUUUAAAAAUGUGUUAUUAAGGGUAAUAUUUUAAUUAAUUUUAUAAUUCAAAUAAACUUAACUAUAAGAUUUAGAUUAU